AAAAGCAUUUUUAAUUAAGAUUUGAUUGUCAUAAUCGUGAGCUGCCCCUGUGUAAACAUCUUAACUGCUUAUAAGCCACAUUGCUAUGGACAGCUGAUGCAGAAGUGGGCUCAACAGUGUAGCCUGGAACAAGUGGGGUGUGCGACAGCGCAAGCAGCACCCCAAACACCUCAUGGUCACUUUGGCGGCCUCACCCCCCAGUCUGCCUUCCUCACUGAGCAAACACCUUCACGUCAUGGACUAACAGACUGGUUUGGGUUGGAAGGGACCUUAAAGCUCAUCCAGUUCCAACCCCUGCCACGGGCAGGGACAGAUUCCACUAGAGCAGGUUGCUCCAAGCCCCUGUGUCCAACCUGGCCUUGAACACUGCCAGGGAUGGGGCAGCCACAGCUUCUCUGGGCACCCUGUGCCAGCGCCUCAGCACCCUCACAGGGAAGAGCUUCCUUAUAUCCAACCUACAUAUCUUAUUUUCUGAAAACCCAGUGCCUGUCACUACCUAUCACACGCUCUUGACCUUUCAGAUGUUACCUGCGCUGGGGUUCACCGCUCGGCUGCGGUGGUUGUGCCGCCACAGCACUGCCUUGGCCGGUGUCUUCAGAGUCAUCGCCGGGCUCCGGCCACCGCUGGAGCUGCCUAAACCUCCCGUUCAGUGCUUGUGCAGGUGCUCCUUACACCUAAAUCCAUCACUAUCAACUGUCCUGAGCUGCGGCUGCUGACGGGAUCAACCUGUUGUUGCUGCAGCCAUUGGAGACGAGCCGCUGCUCCAGCGCAGCUCCUACUUCAGGGCCGGCUGUUUCCUGAGGGGGCUCGGGCGGGCGCUCGGACACCACAGCCCGCACCGGCCCCCGGCGCCAUCACGGGUGGUUUCCAGGGGGACGCUGCGCUCCCCACCGCGGGCAGGGGCUCCGGGCCGCCCCCAGCUGCCAUCCCUGGCGCCGGGCUCGGUUCCGGCCCCGGUUCCGUCCCUCCCGCCGCAGCGGGGCCGAGCCCGCGCCCUCCCUCAGGGGCCAGGGUGGGGGGGCGCAACCGUUGGCCCGCGCGAGGCUCCCCCGCCCAUUGUUGUGUCUCCGGGGUCGACCUCAGAGCUGCCUGAAAGACCCCGCGGCGGCCUCCGCGUCCCCGCACCCCGUCCCGGCUCCUCCGCGCCGCUGCUCGCGGCGCAGCUCCGCUUCCUCACCGCCAGCCGCGCUCUGCGCUGCAUUAGGAGCCAGGGGCUGGUGGGGUUCGCUCAGGCGUUCGCCACCGGCAGCCCGGCCGUUGCGAGGCAGCGAGAGGCGGGUCCUUCGCCCUCCCCCUCCGCUCCCCUCCCCCGCCCUAUAAAGCCGCCGCCGCAGUUGGGCCCCGAGCGCCGCCGCCGCCGCCAGGUCCAGCCUGCGAGGAGCCGGACGCCGCCGCCUCACGAUGCCUUCAAUUAAACUGCAGAGUUCAGAUGGAGAAAUCUUUGAAGUUGAUGUUGAAAUUGCAAAGCAGUCUGUAACUAUAAAGACUAUGCUGGAAGAUUUGGGGAUGGAUGAUGAAGGUGACGAUGACCCAGUCCCUCUUCCAAAUGUUAAUGCAGCUAUCUUAAAAAAGGUGAUUCAGUGGUGCACCCACCACAAGGAUGAUCCACCUCCUCCUGAGGAUGAUGAGAACAAAGAGAAGCGAACAGAUGACAUCCCUGUGUGGGAUCAAGAGUUUCUGAAAGUAGACCAAGGAACACUGUUUGAACUUAUCCUGGCUGCAAAUUACCUGGACAUCAAAGGUUUGCUUGAUGUCACGUGCAAGACAGUUGCAAACAUGAUCAAGGGGAAAACUCCAGAAGAAAUUCGCAAGACAUUCAACAUCAAGAAUGACUUCACUGAGGAGGAAGAAGCACAGGUACGCAAAGAGAACCAGUGGUGUGAAGAGAAGUGAAGUAUUGUGCCUGACACUCGAACACUGUAAGGAUUGUUCCAAAUACUAGUUGCACUGCUCUGUUCAUAAUUGUUAAUAUUAGACAAAUGCAGCAGCAAAUGAAGUUGUGUUAGCAGGAUAUUGUUCCCUCUGCAUGUGUAGUGGUUUUUUUUUGAGUACAAAUUUAAAUCUUCUGAGUUUUUACUAGUGUAAUUGGAUGUCUUUUUACUUUACUCUGCAAUGAAUAAAACCGAACUAAGUGUGGAUUCUGUAUGGGAAGUAGCACUUCAGGUUAUCAUUUUCAUUACACUUUGAAACUGUUCAAGUCCAGUUCCAAUGCUAAGGAUUGACUCCAUUGUAAAUAAAACCACCUGUGGCUUCUUCCUCAAGAACAAGACACUUGUAUUUACAGGGUAUUGGUAGCUUCAGCAAGAAAAGCUAACUAGCAUGUGUCUUGGGGAAGUAGGUGAAGUAAAAGCUACUGGAUUUCUUACAAAAACCAUUGUGGGCAGAAUUAGUGUUACUUAAAGUGAUGGAACUUCUGAGAUGGUUCUUGUCCUGCAUACAAAAAAGAGAAGCUAUUUGACCACUUUCUUGUCCUGUUAGUCUGGCCUUAGAGACUAGUGAAAGAUGUGACCUAGAACUAAGCAAGCUCCUGACAGUGAAAUUGGAAUCCUUCGACCAUGUCUUGAAGACCUGCCUCUAGCUGGUAGCAGAUGAGAAGUGCGUUGCUUUAUGCACAGGGUUGGUGUGUUUUUAUAUGUUCCUGUUAAAAGUGGAAUCCUGAUUUGACCAAAAAUGACUGACAUUACCAAAGUUACUAUUAUUGACCUGUGCAUGUCAGUAGUGACGACUGGGUUUUAGGCAAUUUUAAACAGCCCUUGUGAUGUAGCUCUUUAAAACAUGGUUUCAUGUGUCCAUAUGAAAUCUUAUGCCUCUGAUUGCGAUACUUUGGCUUGUAGAGACUUUAAUUAUUGCAUACAAAGCUAAUGCAAUAUCAGCUUAACUUGGACAAAGCCACUUGCAACUAGUUAAACAGUAACUGGUUUUCUGAUUUUUAUUUCUUUUGUUUUUUUUACAGUUCCCUUAUAGGGAGUAGGGAUGGUUGUGUGGUAGAUCUUUGAGGUGUGCUCCUAGCUUGUAUUGCAUUCCAUUCUCUGUAUAAACCUUAGAGUAGAAUGAACCUUAAUAAACAUACUUAUCUCACUUUAAAUAUCAGUGUUCCACUUCUGGAUUAAUAAAGGGCUUUUAAACUUU